AUAGACGCAUGUAGCGCAAGAACCACGAAAUCCAACUCUGAAAUGGCGCAGCCUACACGGAGUUCCAACCUAUCACAGAUAGCAGUAAACGUUCAAAGCAUUCCAGACGAUAGUAUUGACUGUGGCAUUAAGGGCUUGGGGUGGUGCCGCAGCCCUGGCUGUCAGAAAUACGCACGAGUGCGCACCUUCCUUAUUGUCCUGACCAGUGCGGGUCUUCUCCAAGGGGCCUGUGAAUCAUAUUUUCGCAUUUCCGCCAAGCAGGCAGCCACACAAUUCAACUAUAAUCCUUUGAUUGUGGAUUGGCUGCUGGCAAGUAGUGGACUCUUUCAGGCCAUAUUCGCUUUGGCUUUUGCAUUUUGGGCCAAUGUUUACCAUCCAAUUAAAUGGCUCGUGGGGACGCUUAUGCUGCAGGCUGCGACGUUGGUCAUUUCCGUUAUCCCAUCGAUAAUGAACUUCGCCGAUGGUGUGAAGCCGAAGGAUCAGUCGCUCGAUAGCAACAUGUGCUCCACAUCACUGGCCCAGCUGCAGAGACUAACCCUGACCGAGGAGCAGAGCAGCAGCAUAACGCUGGUGUUACUCUUUGUUCUGCAAUUGGCCCUGGGAAUGGCCUCCCUGGCCUACUACACCCUUGGGGUCACCUACAUAGACGACAACUCCUUGUCGGAGGACAGUCCGGCGGUUAUUUCAGCCACCUUGGCAGCGCGCGCCUUCGGCCAGCAAAUAGGGUCGUUACUGGUGUUGGGCGUGGGAGUGACCCAUGUUGGCUGGUGGCUUGGGUGGAUAAUUCUGGCGCCACUCGUCUUUGUGAGUGCCGUGUUGCUGGGGCUGUUUCCCAAGCGUCUGCCCAAGACCGUCAUACAUCAGGCCGCUCAGCACAUUAUGGAGCAAUCGAACAUGCGGAACUUUGGAAGUCAGUUCGCCACCUACGUUGACGACACAAACUUCUGGCCCUCGUUGAAGCGGUUAUUCGGGAACAAGCUGCUUAUGUUCAACAUAAUGAGCAUCAUGUUCGUGCAGGCAGCUGUGAUCAACUACGCAUCGCAGGAGGAGAGCUAUCUGCAGUCCCGCUUCUUCUUGCCAUACAGCGAACAGGACGGCCUCGCGCAGGAAUGGAAGGCGGCUUUCGUCUCGUAUUUCCUCAGGCCACCGGUAUUGGCCAUUGGAAUGUUGAUUGGUGGAUUGGUAAUAUCCAAAGCCCAGCUAUCCGCGCGUAAGAUUACAGGCAUAAAUAUUGCUAUCGGCCUUCACUUGGUCGGCAUAUUCGUGGGAUAUAUCUUCCUCACUUGCGAUGUUGGUGCUAUUGCCGGAAUAGUUGGCGGCAAGCUGACUCAGCCGUACUGUUCCAGUCAAUGCUUGUGCACGCCAACCGCCUUUAUGCCAGUGUGCCCGGAGAACAGUACCGUGACCUAUUUUUCACCUUGCUAUGCCGGCUGCAGCAAAAAGAUGACUAUAAACAGCUAUGAGUUGUAUGGAGACUGCAGUUGCCGUGGAGAUCAAACCUUGAAUAACUUGGGCGACAGUAGUGCUACCCUAGGAGCUUGUAGUUCGGCGCGCUGCCAGAAUACGAUCAUCAUUUUUCAGAUCUUGAGUAUUUCUAGUGCGUUCAUGCUGGGCGUGGGAGUCAUCGGAAGGACUUUAAUUACGCUACGCGCUGUGCUGCCCCAGGAUAAGAGCUUGGCACUUGCAUUUGAAGUAAUGUUUUUGUUUCUAUUCGCCUGCAUUCCGGUCCACCUGAGCUAUGAUCUGGUCUCUCGCGUUACCUGCGUCUAUUGGGCACCGCAUUACGAGCGCUGCCUGCUACGUGAAACACCCAAGCACGGAAAUAUUUUGGACAUACUAACCGCCAGUCUAAUACUGGCAGGGGUGCUCUUCGACGUUCUGGUGUUCAUCUAUGCCAAGGACCUGAACAUCUACAAUUGCAAGGUGACCGACAACAAUUACACGCCUUCGCUGUACGUUCCGGUGCCACGCGAGGACCAUACCAGCUCAGGGACAAGUUUACCCACGGCCCGAGGUGGAAGCCCCAUCACCACCACGUCCACUGUGCCAUCGGUCUCGCCUAUGCAACGUCGGGAUAAUACGCAAGACACUCAAGAAAGGCGCGGAAUCACCGUCCUACGCAACCCCAGCUCGCUGACAAAUUCAUCUAGUGGUGGCCAGAGCGUUAUAGAACCCAAUGGCAGCGGGGUAACCUAUGCUCAAGUCGUUUUCCCGCCAGACAGACGCAAGCCAGAUGACGGUAGUACCAGCCCCAAGCGUUUGGCUGUGCCCGCCAAUGUUCCUCUGCAUCAUCUGUCUGACACUGAUGUGAGAGCUCAGUUGGGAAGCUUAAAGUCAUUUACUCCAGCAAAUGCAGACCCGAUAGCACCUGGCCACGAUGUCCCAGGCAAUGCGGAUAUAGUUAGCAGCCAGCCCGUACGUGAAAGCAACGUAGGUGAUGGUAUACCCCAGAACCAUGACGGCCUCGGCACUGCAGACGCAGCUAUCAGCCAACAAAAUCCACCACCAAAGACCGAGAUUCACGUAGAUGAUGCGAGACCACAAAGCCCAGAAACAGAUUUUUAAGAACAAUGUACACUUAAAUAUUAUUUUUUAAAACUUAUGCACGUACUUUUAUUAGUCCUAAGUCAGUUUAACCAUUCUUAAGUAAAUUAAUAAAUCAACUUUGGCGAUAACUACAA